AUGGCUCUAGCCACACUGUCAACAGAAAUCCUGUUGACAAUCCUAGAAUGUCUCUCCCCGCUAGAUAUUCUCUGUGCUGUUCAAGCUUCAUCCCUUCUAUACCGUGUCUUCGCCGCCUACAAAAACCAUCUUCUUCGACAUACACUUUGUGAAUCCAUCCACCCAUCAUGCCGAGCAGACCUUUAUACCGCGCUGGACGCCCAAAGGAUCCCCAAGUCACUCAAAGCCAAAGAGCCCAUCGGCAAAGUCAAGAUGGAAUGUUUCUCGUUGUUCUCCGGCGACCGAAAUCGCCGCCGCCAGAAUCAUGAUGAGUUCAAAAUAGACAAUGCCGAAUUGGACACGCUUUUCUACCUACAAGCCGACAUCGAACGCCUAAUCGAUAUCUAUUGUCACUGGUCCUUGGGUAACCUAUCUUCACAUCAAGAGACACCCGCUCAGUUCCACAUCACGACCUCGUACCCACGGUCGAACCUAUCGCCCACCGAAAUGGGCCGUCUCCAACGAGCCUUCUACCGAUGCGAAGUAUACACGAGAUUUCAGCGGGUAUUAAGUCUCCUCGACAAGGCAUCUGUUUUGAACUUCUCGCAGAUCGUUCUGUGCUUCGUUUCGCAAUUCACGCUUUAUGAAUUCGAGGAGUUUGUCUGCGUUCAACAAUUCCUCGCUCAGUUCAUCAGAUCACUUGUUGAGAAAGUGGAAGAUGAUUUCUUUUCUCAUCUCCCCUCUCAAUCUACCGGCGCCGGCGCCAAGCAGAGCAAUAUAGGUCAUGUUCUUGACGACUCCGGUCUCUCCUUGUUCACCAAGUCGUACCGAGACAAUCACCACUCCAGCCACGUGAAAUACCUCAUAUCUUGUGGCUUAUCCAAUAUUCUGCACCUGGGCAUGUUGGAGCCCCGGGAGCUCAAACGUGCCAUGCUCAGAUCAUAUGCAGAGUCUCGGGGAUUCGCUGGCUCUGAGUUCUUUUCUCAGGGGGCUCUUGAUCUGCAAUCUUGCAGCGAGAAGCAGAGGCAGGUUCUUCUUCAUGGAAAGCUGGUUGAUAUUCCUCGUGAUACACUUCAUAGCCCAAACCUGGGCUGGGAAUGGGGUACUAGCUUCCAGAACUAUGUCAAAUCUGACAGUGCAGCUUUGCUUGAUUUACGAAAUCGAGGGUAUGUCUUUUGGGAUAGGAAGAGGCUACAAGAUUCGGGUAUGGUUGAUGUGCCGUUUGUCGUUGCUGUAGGAGCAAAUUACUUCCCAGCGGGCUAUCAUGGUCCUUUUGUGAGACCUAGUGUUGAGGAAAGGCUUGAUGGAUCAGAACUUGAUACAAUGAGUUUAAAGAAGUGGAAGAAUCUAUAA